CAGCAAUCGUAGAGAAUGGCUCACAAGGUCUUCGUUCUCCUCGCUCUCGUGGCUGCCGCCCUCGCCCGCCCGGACAGUCCUCCUGCUUAUGGCUACGGAACUCCAGCGCCCUCUUACGCCCCCGCCAAGUACGACUUCAACUACGCCGUCAACGACCCACCCUCUGGCAAUGACUUCGGCCACCAGGAGUCUCGUGAUGGAGACUACACUCAGGGUUCCUACUACGUCCUGCUUCCCGACGGUCGCCUGCAGAGGGUCACCUACAAUGUCAAUGGCGAUUCUGGCUACCUGGCCGAGGUCACCUACGAGGGAGAAGCCCAGUACCCUACCCAACAGCGUGCUUACACUCCUGCUCCAACUUAUGGAUAAUAUGUUUUAAUAUUUACUUUCUUUCUUUACGAAAUUGAUAUUGCACAACUGAGAAACGUUGUAGUAUACUAUUAAACAUUAUUUAUUGUCAACUAUUCCUUCUUUGUUCUGCUACUUUUGAUACAAUAAUCUGAAAUAAUCUGUUUAUCUAUUUCGUAUAUCUAUUUUGUUGCCUAUAUAACUAUGUGUCUCUAUCUAUUAUAUAUAUGAAAUACUAUACUAUCUA